UCGGAUGGCCGGGAGCUACCGCCGCCACCAAUCGGGCAUGUUCGCAGGCCGACUGUGGCUGCAUCAUCACCCACCAAGCAACCGCAAAGCAACAGCAACACGAUGGCAACUACGGCUGCAUCUGCGCUGGGUGGCCUCGUCCUGUGGGGCCUCUCAGGCCUGUGCCCAAGCCGUCCAACAUUAUCAGUAGACAAACAGGAGUGAUGUCUAAACAGGCUCCACUGGCCAGCCGCCUCCACGGUCUCAACAAGGGGGUUCUCUCCACUCCGUCCCCUCUCAAGCGACCCGGAUCCAUGCUCAAGUCAGGCAUUAAACCCAUUGAGUCCAUCCUCGGCACGGUCGGCCAGCUCAGGAAGAAAGAUGAGUUGGGGACACCGCAGAAGCGAAAACUUGGUGGGGGUGCCAGAGGAGGGGUUGCAAGGGGAGGCAAAUCCACCGCCAAGAUGAUCCACAAGGGGGCGACAGUUGUGCCCCGAACCACGCUAUCGUCCACUCUCGGUGUAAUGAACACAGACCUGGACAACAUAAAGUUAGAGUCGUACGCCGGCGGCACAGGUGAGCCGGAUGUGGUGGUCGGUCUCCCCGACGACUUUCCGCCCCUGGGCGAUCUGCCCCCGAUCACACCGGACAGCCCCCCCAGGCCACUCACCCUGUGCCCGCUCACGGGCAGAGUGCUGGCCAGGGCAGAGGGGGAGCCUACACCCCGCCUUCGCCUCCAAGGUGGAUAUCCCCACCACCACGACCACCAUUCAAGAGAUCAUUACUACCACUACAACGGCAACAACUGUCGCCCAGCCACAUAUCAUCAAGGUGAGAUGAGUUCACAAGAAAUUCCAGCCAACGUGGAGCCAGCAACCGUAUCUGUCAGAAAAGUUGCGUCCAGGUCUAGAGCCAA